CCACACCAUAGCAUUUUAGAGUAACUAAAGCAAAGAAUACUCAUACUCCAAGAGAACUAAAGCCACACCACAGACUACUAUUACGUGCUCUGUGCCACAGACAGAGCCACACUGUUUUCUGUCAAAACAAACAAACUGUCAAAUAUGUCAUCCAUGUAAAAUGGAGUGAAAAUCUAACCUCUUCAAAAAUUUUAUGUCUAGAUUUAUUUUUAUGUGAUGGAUUGAAAGUACUGAAUACGCGCUACUGCUUCUAUUACUAGUCUUAUCGUACAUCUCACAGAUAUGUUUAGAAAUAGACUCUUCAAUAUUUUCAAGACCGCUUGUUCGCGAGUGAAUAGAAGGGCAGUAGUAUACAAAAUUCGUAAUAUUGCACCAGUUUCAUUGGGAUUACUUACUACGGCGUCGUGCGACGAACACCAAAAGGAGUACGAGGUAUCUUGGGAUGACGAUAGAUUAGAACAUGAAUUUUUAAUUCGACAAGCAACUACAGUCAAUGUGAAUGCAGCUACUCAACUUCUUACUGUAACUUUAGUCGCCAUUCAGGAUACAAGUGAAAGAUUACGAGAAGCACUGACAAAAGAGAUAUGCCUCGUGAAGCAAGCACUCGAGUGGGGAGAGUCUGGCACCCCACCACACCACUGGGAUCAGCUGGUCGCAAUAAGGGGAUCGUUGUCUGACCUCAAGCACAAUCUUAGAACGUUGCUGAGUUAUAUGGAUUAUGCUGAAAAGUUAGCCACUGUUGCUGCUGAGAUUUCAUAUUUGUCUGGCAACAUUGCAGCUUCUGAUGCCAUCUGUGAAAGGAUUGAUCAUGCUUGCAGGACGUGCAACACUCAGAAGCAGUUGACGCACGAGCUCCAACAGGAGAGCCUGGAGUUGCAACAACAGGCCAUCGUCAGCUCGCCUGAACUCGAGCAGAAACUAAAAGAAGAGUUGGCAAAUGAAAAAAAAACAAAAAAGAAGAAAUCAUAACAAAAAUUAUUUAGAUUGAAGCUAAUUAUAAUUUAUACACUUAAAAUUCCAGUUUGUACAUAGAAAUAGGAAGAGCAACAAUAAAAAAAAAUAAAAAAUAUGUUAUCUUAUUACUAUAGGGUACAUACACUUAUUUUUAUUCCUUUACAUUUAUUUAUCAUAACAUCAAAGAUUUUAAAAUACCUACUGAAAGGAUUAUACUUUUAAUAUACCCUGAAAUAUUAGCUA